CUUGACUUUGAAAAUUUCACAUAUCCAGUUCUAAGUGUCCUUGUGCCCAAUUGCAAAGAAAAAUGGCUUCAUCUCCUUUGAGGUUAAAAUCCUUCUACCAUACUCGUUCUGUUAGCUUGCCUUCUAGACUUCACCCAGUUAUCCCUCAUGACGAUGAGCAUUUGAGGCUAAGUGGCCUUGAAAACAUGUAUGAUCGUUUGGACGGCUUGCUUCUAUUGCCACACACUCAACAAGCCUUUGCUCAACAACACCAUGAGAAAUGGGUUGAAGUGGUGCUGGAAAAGUAUCUAGGGCUAUUGGAUGUGUGUGCUACAGUUAGAGAUGUAUCCUCGCAAACAAAGCAAGAUUUACAAGACCUUCUUUCAGUUCUACGCAGAAGAAGGGAGGAGAAUGACUUUUCAGAGUACUUAAAUUCGAAAAAGAAGGCAAAGAAGGUGAUCCAAAAGUCCCUAAAGGAUUUGAAGAAUAUCAAAACCAAGCACACCGUCGUAGGUCUUGGAAAAAGCCGGGAAAUUUUGGAUUCGCUAAAUGAAGUUGAAGCAGCCACUGUUGGCGCAUUCGAGACAUUGUUGUCCUAUAUUUCAGGGACAAAGGCAGAGUCAAGAUUGAGUGGAUUUGCUUUGGCUUCCAAACUCAUCCACCAAAAGAGCGUUGCAUCCAAAGAUGAAGUAACAAACACAAGCGUGUUCGAGAAAUUUGAUGUUUUAUUGCACUCCCUCAACAAUCACAAGACAAGCAAAUCUUAUAGCACAUUACGCGUUGAGAAUGUGAAAAACCUAUUGGGGAAGAUGGAGUUAAGCAUUGAAGAGGUUGAGGAAGAACUUGACUGUUUGUUUAGGAGGUUAAUCAAAACCAGAGUUACCCUCCUCAACAUUCUCAACCACUAGCUAGCAAAAUAGAUAAAAGGCCGCGGUUCAAUACUUUUGAUCCAAAAUAUCGGCAAAGAGUUUUGAUUAGCUGUACAUACUUGUAUACGAGGAACAAACUUUUUAUUUUUACUUCAAUCAUAU